UCCUAGCAUCGGCAGGACAGCAGCGCUCUCGUAUGUUAGCCACACUCUUCAAGGAUGAGAGAUGCCAGCAGCUUGCAGCCUAUGGGAUCCUGGAGAAGAUGUAUCUGGACAGGAUUAUCCGAGGCAGUCAGCUACAGGAGUUUGCUGCUAUGCUUAUGCCACACCAGAAAGCCACCACAGCUGAUGGUUCCAGUAUCCUAGACAGAGCUGUCAUUGAGCACAACCUGUUAUCUGCAAGCAAACUGUACAAUAAUAUUACCUUUGAAGAGCUUGGAGCAUUACUAGAGAUCCCCGCAGCCAAGGCAGAAAAGAUAGCUUCCCAGAUGAUAACUGAAAGCCGCAUGAACGGAUUUAUUGAUCAAAUAGAUGGAAUCGUUCAUUUUGAAAGUCGUGAAGCUUUGCCAACAUGGGACAAACAGAUUCAAUCACUAUGUUUCCAAGUAAACAACCUUCUGGAAAAGAUAAGUCAGACGGCCCCUGAAUGGACCGCACAGGCUAUGGAAGCUCAGAUGGCUCAGUAGAUGUUUGCUUGGGAUCUUCUAAUUGCACUGCCCUUCCUAUGCAGUGGGAAUUUACAUGGAUUACAAAACAACCACAUAAUCCAUCCCUUCCUUCUUCUGCUAGAACCUUGACUUUGAGCUGUGAUUAGGAGUAUAGUGUUUUGUUUAAAACUCCUGAAGUUUUAUCAACAUACCGUUAUGGUAUCACUGCAUCCCAAAUGUGCUUUCCUGUGUGACAGCUGUGGCUUAGUAGGACUGAAAGGAGUAACCCCUACAGCAGAAUCAGGUUUUGGUUUUGUAAUAGUACUCUAACUGAGUUGUGGUCUUGUAACUUUCUAUGGAUUGUUGUGUUGUGAAACCUUAAGCACCAUGCUUUUCUAGUUAUGUUUAUUCCAAUAAAAGGGGGAAUAAGGCAGUUAGACUCAGCAGCUCUAGAGUUGCCUUGUUCUAUAAAUAGUCACAAUAAUUCAUUCCUUUCUGGUUUUUGAGUUUCAGUAUACAGAUGUUGCAGUAUAAUGCUAGUCUUCUGUGUUGGCUUUGCAACAAGAAAUACUUUGUCUUACAAUUCUGGGGACAGGAAAAUAACUGUCGGUCUCUUGUGUAGGAUAGCAACUAAUCACUGAUCAGAUGAGAGACGUAGAUUAAGCUAGUGGAAAAAAGGGAAUACUUUUUCCAAGCACAUUAGGACAAUGAAACUGGUUAUUACUGCAGAAGUGGUUAUAAAAAGAACACAUAUACAAGUGAGGCGAAAAACCUUUUAUUUUUUCCCUGAUAAUUCAUAGCAAAUAAGCCAAAAGUGCUGCCUUGCUUGCUUGCAUGUCCUGUAGAUCUUGGUAUUCUUGCAUAUAGACUCUGAAUAUGCAGAAACAAAUAGAGGAAACCUGGAGUGACAAGUGGGGGACAAAAAGACAGUUACACGCAAGGCUAAGAUGAUUAACAAUAUACACUACCACGAAUUGUACUUAAAAGUUUUAAAAGUCUUGCAUUUCUUGAAUGUUUAACAAAUCUCAUCACAAGGUAGAACAAUAUUUUAAUUUGAGAAAUUUGUCUUAAACAAGGCUACAAAAGUAUUGGGACAGGAUCUAAUGCCUUCAGUCUUAAUGGAAAGAUGAAGCAAACUGGAGUAAAGUCUUUUCCUUGAUUUACUCUAAAAUUUUCUGGUUGAGGUUACAUUAACCAUUGGGCCCUGUAUUCAUGUUGUUUGGUUCAGGAACCCUAAAUGGUUUUCCACAAAAGGUGUCAGGGGAGGGGGGGACUUUGCUCUUGAUUUUAGCUUGCAUAGACUGCUGAUUAGUGCAGUGGCAGAUUAAGAUUUAUUGGGGCCCUGGGCAAACAGAAAAUUAGAGGCCCCCCCACACCCUGUUAUAAACAUUAAUGUAUCAAAAAGCAUUAAUAAAAAAAAAAGCACCAACCAAACAAAAACAGCAUUCUCCAAAUUCUUCAGCUCAGACUCUAAGGAACCCUGCCAAACUCUGGUUUAGGCUUGGACCAUCAGUGCACACAGUGUCUCCCUGGGUGCUUCCUUCAGGGCUUUCUCCCCAGCUCCCUGCUACCAAAGUUCCAUUGGAAGCUAGAGCUAUAUUGCCUUUCCAGAAGAGCUCCUAUAGGCUACUGGGAGGUGACGGAGUCCAUCCUCCUAACUAUCUUCCAUCAUAAAAAUGGGGGGAGUCAGCUUCCUGGGUGCCAUUAACUGUAGGAGGGACAGGAUCUGUGCACAGUGGGAACUAUCACUGUGUUCCUUAAUUGUGGAGUCUAAGGAGGGAUGUCUCCAGUCUAUGGGAGGUGGGGGCGUGUCUUGAGUCUAUGUAGGAGUGUCUUGUGUCUAAGGAGAAGUGUUUCCCAUAUAAGGAGGGGUGCCCUGAACCUAGAGGGGUUUCAAAAGUAUAUGGGGCAAGAUGCCAUGAAUGUAAAGGUGUGAGAGCCCCAGCUUCAGCUCUGAGGUAAAGGGUCGGAUGAAAACAUCCUCCCUCAGCCUUCCUGUGGUCUCAUCCUGAUCCCUUUGAGCCCAGGGUCCCACUCCAUCUUUGCUGCUUGGGUUCCACAUGGAUUCCACCCAGGUUGUCUUGUAAGGUGGGGGGCAACUGGCCCUGCUGUGGUCUCCUUGCAGAGCUCUAGCAACUCCCAGAAGUGGGCUCUUUCUUUCCCCUUCCCCCUGUGUACCUAGUGCUGCAGCUGCCCCCACUGCCCCGGGUGCGGCAUAGCCAGAAGCUGUGGCUGCCUGAAGAGGUGGGAAGGCUUCCCAGCCACCCACCCCCUACGAUCCACCCAUCACCCCCUACCCCCAGCCUGGGGAUCUGCUUUGCCCGUCCCCAGGGUGAACAGAUCAUGUGCCCCGCCCCCAGCAGCCCAGCCCCAGCCCCAGUGCCAGCCCUGCUGCUGCUGGUGCCAGUGGUGGCCAGGUGGGAGGAUGCACCCCUGGCCACUGCUGCUGUUACUGCCGUGUGCCUUGCUGGGCAGUGCUGCUGCCAAUGACCUAGACAGCUACCUGCACAGCACCAUCCUGGACUGUCCAGCACAUUAGAGAUUUUUCCCAAGCGGCCCCUGAUUGGCAGGGGUCCCUGGGCCCAGGCCCUGCAGGCCUAUGUGUUAAUCCACCCCUGGUUAGCCCCUGUCCAAGGAAGCUAAAUGUGUGGGUUUGAGUCAGAAGAGAAUUUCAGUCUCCCACUUCUCAGGCAGCUCCUGUAACUACUUAUCUGUUACGGUGACUGCAACUAUAUUUUGUAUGAAAGGUGGUUCGGUUGAAGGUGUUAGGCAUUCCCCAAGCAGGCAUAGUAGAUGAAACCCCUUAAGGGCUUUAGCCACAGGAAUGUCUAGAUUUUGGAUCCUGAGCAGGCUUUUGAAUAAGCUGGGCACUGAACUACUCGGCUCAGUCUUGACCAGUUCAAUUCUGACUAUGUGGAGAAGUGGUACACGAUGGGCCUUGAGAAUUUGAAAGUCAGACAACAAGGUGCCUGCACAGCUAGGGCAGCAGCUGAGUAAGGGUUUUUAGGAGCACAAAUUCAGACUUAAGUACCUAAAGUCCAUUAAAGUCCUAUAUUUGUUCAGAUACUCUUUUUUAAAUUAAAUAAGUACAUAAAUAUAAAUAAAUAAAAAGCACAUGCUUCAGAGGGUACAGUAAAACAGUGGGGUGAGAGAGUGGCUGCUUCCCAUGGUACACUGCUACAGCAGAUCUAGGUGUCUGCUACUUAGAAUACAGGAAUUCCAUAAUCCACCUGCAGGAACUGAGUCACAUGGGGCCUCUAUAAAACAGAGCCAUAGAUUUCUCCCCAAUCUCUGUUGGCUUUUGAGCUGGUUCAUUCCUUUGUGGAAUAAGUCAGGCCAAAUGUUCAUGCCUUUCCCACUGUAGGUAUUACAUAGUCUGGAAUACCUUUGGUUAGCCAACAAGGCUCUUUGCCAGUGGUAAUUAUCCUUACUGUUGUUUGGUCUUGUGUUUCCUGACUCUGCCAAUUGUAGUGAUGACCAUGCUUUAUUUUAGAUUGGUUUGAGUCACUAGGGUAAGUCUCAUCUUGUAUUACAGCGGGCCCUGUAGCACAGACCUCACAUUAAAAUAAGCUGAUGGUACAUCUUCUAAGACUUCAGUAUCACCCAAAGGAUGGACAGAUGAGGAUAGCUUUAUGCUACUAUCAUCUGCAUAUUACUGAUUCUACGCCAGACUUUUCCAUCACACCCCAUUUGUCCUAAAACUGAUUUUAACUAACACACUGCUCCUCAGGAAUAUUUUUGAUCAAACACGUAUACCUAGAAAACCUUUAAACGAACCUUGUUAGAAGAUUCCUUGUUCCUUCCUUUUGUUAAUGUCUCUCUUUAGCUGACAAGCAGAACACAUAGGGCACCAUAAGACAGUGCAGCAAUCAGAAAGGAUGGAUCCCUGUUAAAACAACAACAAUCACCAUCAUCAUAGACUCCAGACUUCACAGGAUUAACUUCUGACCUGUUAAAAUAAAUAAAUAAAUAAGAUAUUAAUAUCGAUCUUGCAUAUUUCUUAGACAGUUCUGCUAUUUGAUGGUCUGGCAUGCCAGGGGUUGACUCUAGAAAUAUAAGGAUAUCACUUGAAAAAAAAGCAUAUAGCUUACACUCUUGAUAGAAAAUCUGUUGGAGAAAAAAAGUCUGAAAAUGGGGAUGAUAAAUCAAGAGGGGAUUGGAUAAGUGAUGAAGACUGAGCAUGAAAAAUAUACUUUGGGUUAAAUAGAGACUGUAUAGCUAUGGUUAUGAUAUAUUUAACACCUGAAGAGCUGCAUUAGAAAUUGUCAGACAUACAUUUAAUUUAGAGUGAUAAAGAAAUACCAGUCUUCUCUGAAGAGGCAUUAGUUAUUUCUUAAGCAAACAGUAAAGCUGUACUAUAAAGUGGCAUAUAUUAAUAACAAAUACAUUGUACUUGCGUAUUCCAUGAACUAGUCAUAGAAGAUGCAUAAUCAUUGUUUUACAUAUACUUCAUGUUCUUUCCCUAAGUGCAAAUCACAUAAUGCGUUAGUGGUAGCUGAGAUUUGACUCUAUGCCAGAGGUCAGCAUAUAUUGCUUAUGUUGAGCUGGAGCUAUGUUGUUCUGGCCCACAGUUUGGAAAGGUUGUAGGCUGCUGUUCUAUGCUAAUUACCAAACUACAUUGCCUCUCAUGUUCUAAGGGAAGCCACUUAGCAGUUGGGGACACAUGACUGAAUUAUACCUGGCCUACAAAAAAUAGUAAACCAUUGUGUUAAAUAGGUGAUUUGCUGCUUUAGGUGGUGGUUCUUUGAACAGGGGUACAACAAAUGAUUAAAUAGUAACUAACUGGGAUACUGUAUUUUGUCCGGUAGAGUGUCCUCAUAGCCACACUUGAGCCGCAGAGGCAGCAUUCAUUCAUGUCACUUGCAAUUUGACAUGGGAGACAUGGACAACAGAAUAUUCCACACAGACCUGGGGAGACAUAAGACAAAACAACAAAUGAGGGUCACUAGAUAUUUCCACUGAAUUCAUGCUGAUGCUUAGCUCUCAUCGCACAAGCAAUGUGAAGGUAUCUAGAAAAUGGAAGGAAAACAGUUGGGAUGUACCGUAAACUAGAACUAGCACAAGGGAGGGAGAGGGCUCUACACAACUUGAAAGUGUUGUUGGCUGUAACCUUAGAUGUAGUUCUUAUAAUCUUACUUUGUAAGGGGAUAUCCACUCCCCAGAAAAGGUGUGUGUUGACUGCAGGAACUGAGCCCAUGAUUUAUUUUGUGUCAAAUCCUAUUAAAAAACAAGGCUCCAUUUUCUUUCAAAGAUAUAAGUUAAUAAAGUGAACCAUGGGCAGGAGGCAUAAUGUUGACCUUGCCUAGCUACAUAAUAGUAAUAGUUACCUGCUUUAUCGAUGGGGUUGAAGUAUGCCUGAAAGCAGUGGGAGUACAAGGGAGGUUUUGCUCUGUGUGUGUGUGUGUGUGUGCGUGCGUGCGUGCGUGCGCGCGCGGACGAAUCAUCAUUGAGUAGCAAUGUCCCAGCAGAUAGAGGAAACAACACUAUAAACUUUAAAUAAAUAAGGCCCCUGCUACACAUUACAUAUAUUACACAAUUAACUGGUUAAGUGAACAAUAAAUUUAGACUGGCCAGAUGUGCAAAAUAAGAUUGGCUGCAAAUGCAAAGUAUUUAUCACAGAACUAACUGUUUAAUUGUGUAGUACAUCUAGACCAGCCACAUGUGCAAAGCAAUUAUCACACCAUAAAAAUGACUAUGCAGGUAUACAAAGAGCCAACCGGCUAUAAAGUUAGUGCUUGAAAAUAUGUAGCAACUCUAGAGCUGGUAUCUAUCCAUCUUUAAUUUGAAUGUGUAGCAGGGUCCUAAGCAAUAUAUAAAGCCAUUCCCAGUAAAAGACUGGUGAUGACACAAAUCAUAGAGUCAACCCAAAACAAGUUUGAAAUAGUAAUAUAUC